AUGUUUUUGCAGUGGUUCAUAUUACUGGUGUUGUUGCCGCUGAUAUUCAUAGUAUUCUUGCUAUUUAUCACUUUCAUACUGAUACCAUGCGCAUUUAUCUUCGCAUCAUGGUAUAUGAGGAUCAAGGAACGCAAGUUGGAGAGACGAAAGAGAGAUGGUGCUAAUGUGGCGUUCUUCCACCCGUACUGCAAUGCUGGGGGUGGUGGGGAGAGGGUGCUGUGGGUCGCUAUCAGGGCUGUACUAGCCAGGUACCCAGACUCGAACAUUCACAUAUACACAGUGGAGACAGCAGAACCACAAACAAUACUGGACCGGGCACAGAACCAGUUUAAUGUGAGAGUGGAACCAGGCAGGAUCAACUUUGUACGACUGAGCAUGAGAAGAGUCAUCGAAGCCAAGUCCUAUCCGUACUUCACUCUGUUGCUGCAAAGCUUGGGCUCAAUGAUUCUUGGGCUGGAAGCAUUUAUGAAGCUUAAUCCUGAUGUGUACAUAGACACGACAGGCUUCGCGUUCACGUUCCCAAUAUUCCGGUACCUGGCGGCGUGCCCCGUGGGCUGCUACGUGCACUACCCGACCAUCACGGCGGCCAUGAUGCGGCGCGUCAAACAUCGCAUCGUGGCCUACAACAACAACAGUCUCAUUGCUCGCAACCCACUCUUCACAUGGAUCAAGUUGGUGUAUUAUAAGAUUUUUGGAUGGUUGUACGGCGUGAUGGGUCGGUGCGCGGACGUGGUGAUGGCCAACGGCACGUGGACGGAGGACCACAUCAACGAACUAUGGAACAUGCCGCUCAGCACCUUCAGGGUCUACCCGCCCUGUGAGGUAUCAGAGCUAAAACAGCUAAGGUCUUUAGUAAAAGACACGGAUCCUAUUCGCAUCCUAUCCGUGGCCCAAUUCCGGCCAGAGAAGGAUCACCCGCUGAUGUUGCAAGCCAUGUACGAACUAAGGAACUUGCUUGUCAAGAACGAAAUGCUUUGGAAUAAGAUAAAACUAGUACUAGUAGGAUCGUGCCGCAACGCUGAAGAUGAGGAGCGUGUCCAGAACUUGAAGGAUCUGGCGAAGCACCUGUCUUUGGAGGAGUCUGUCCAGUUUGUGGUGAACGCGCCCUACGCCAGGCUGUUACAGCUAUACCAGACCUGCAGCCUGGCGAUACAUGCCAUGUGGAAUGAGCAUUUUGGAAUCAGUGUAGUGGAAUGUCUGGCAGCGGGAUUAAUCACAAUAGCUCACCGGUCCGGCGGUCCCCUGGCGGACAUAAUAGAGACUUCAUCAGGUUCCCGCACGGGGUUCCUGGCGGCCGAGCCCGAUGAGUACGCGCGCGCCAUACUAGAGGUCAUCGCACUGCCGGCGCAUGAGAAGAAGGCUAUUGUAGAGGCUGCUAGAGCAUCAGUGGACAGAUUCUCUGAGAAAGAAUUCGAGAAAUCAUUCCUGCGAGCUGCGGAACCACUACUAAGACUAGAUUAG